GUGAAGGGCGUCACAUGAACUAGCAAACUAGAAUUUGUACACUCUGAUUUGAGUACAAUUAUUGAAACUUGAUUACUGUUGCUCUAAAGGUAAUAUUCGAAAAUAAUUAGAUCUAUUAUUUUGAACACUUGCUAACAUAAAAUAUAGAAUACUACCCACUCAGCCCAUUCUGGUCGCAAAGCAAAAUAUUUUUUGUUUGUUUAAAUACUACUAGUACUACGACAGUGGCAUCUCAGAAUAGGAGUCUAAGUCUUCCCGGUCGAUCUCGGGAUCGUCACUUUGGCGACCGCUAGGAGGACGUCAUUGAACUUCUCGAAAGCAACAUCUAAGUCUGAGUCGGCCACGUCGACUGCAAUUAGUCCGAGCUUGGUCUCGCACUGACUUUGGAAAUUUUGCCAUUUGGCUUUACGAAAGAGCCAGUGGCGUUUAUCGCACUUGGUUUUGGUCUGUCCCAAGUCAACCUUAAGCAGUAUGGGCAGAUGGUCGCUGCCAAUAUCAUUAAGGACAUUAAGGACCUGAUGUCCCGCGAGAUCAGCGGACACGAGCGUCAGGUCUGGCCUGGACUCCGUUCCAUGGCCGUAAUGGAGAAGAGUGGGCGUGCUCUUUUCGUCUUGGAGCCUGAUAAGGUUGGUCUCGAGACAUACCUCUUCCACGUGCUUACCAGAGCCGUUGCGCUCUGGAUAACCCUACAUGGGGGAUUUGGCAUUGAAAUCUCCUGCAAUUAUAGUCCGUUUAAAGAUCGUCUCCCCGUGGGUGGGGAUCGUGAUCACAUUGCUUGGAGAAUUGUAAAUGUUCGUCACGGCGAACGUUUUCCCACAUUUGGUGACUUUUACUGACAGGGUGUCAGUAUUUGCGUAACGUUUACACUCAAUGAUCUCCACCGUGAGAUCAUUGCGCACCGCUGUGGUAAUGCCUUGGCAUCGCCCACACUUGCAAUGGUAUAGCGAGUAACCAGUGAUGUGAAACGGCUUCCCGUGAAGCAAUGUUUCUUGGAACAGUCCUACAUCCACGCCGUGCUCGUGGAGUAGUUUGGUUACUUCGUGUGACUUUUGCCUGAUUCCACACACAUUCAAUUGUAACACAAUCAGGGAAUAUUUGAGGUGUCCCGUGCCACCUAUUCGUUCUCGACCAGUCGUUUGUUGGCCUCGCACGCGCCUGUCAAGCGUCACACGUGCGAGAGGGGACGCCCUCCCCAAGGGGACAUCCGCGGGGAGAGGAUGCAGUCCACGCACCACACCUGUAGCUUUACUCGGUCCCACCCAGUCUCCCGACAGUGGGUAUCGAGGGCCUUUUGAGGAAGCCACGGUCGGAGGGGCAGGAUCGUGUCCAAGCCCCCCCCCAGUCGAACCUGCGUUAAUGAUAGAUUUUGCAUUGUCAUGAGUAAUAGUGGUUUGAGCAAAAUAUCUUCCUCCCAGUGAAAGAGGGCUUUGCGUCGCCCCCCCUCCUAGCUCAGUGGGUCCUUCUGACAUGGACGUGUGUGAUCUUUGGCUUCCGGAGGUUAAUCCGUACUGGUCAGCAACGCCACGAAGAGGCAGAUCACGUGUACACCACUCGAGCAAAGUGGUGUUGGUUUCCCCAGUCAGCACAAGCAGCUGACAUGGGGAAAUCAUGCUGCGAAGUAUCUACUAAGAGUAAUGCUUAAAACAAGUCAUUGUCCAUUGCGUUGAAAUAAUUUGAAUUAUUAAAAUUUUAGAAAAACUCAUCGAGAUUUUACGGGAUAAUCACACGGCCGCCAUGUUUGAAAAACAAUGUUUCCUUUUUUUCAAAUACUUCUAUCUUCAGCAAUAAUUAUAAGUUGCCUUGUUACAUUGCCGUGUUAUGAUUGUAAACAGAAAGGAUUAACGGGGCUUUAUUUUAUAUAUAUAUAAAGUAUAUAUAAUAAUAGUAUAUAGGCAUAUUUUGAAUUUAUAUAUAUAUAUAUAUAUAUAUAUAUCAGUUGUGACCAGGGGCGGAAAACUUGACGCUUGACUACGGGGGUGGGUGCAAGACAGUUAAAACGAUCAUAAGGGGGCAAAAGCCCCUACAUCUACAACACUAGCCAACGUUGAAGCAGACACCUAACAAAAGAUGCUUGGACGCCACUUAUUCCAGGCUCGUCUUUGGACACACAACUCAUUUUAUAUCACAGAAAUGACGUCAUAAUAAUAUGUCCUAUUACAGCAUGAAACCCUAAAUGCAUGUACGGUUUAGUGUCAUAUAUUUUAUAAACUUCAAUCUUUUCAAAACUUCUCUCUCCAGGUCCUCUAAAUGGCCAACGAGGCGCGGAAGAACGCCAUCAAGAGACUCAUGUUCGACCAGGAGGAGCUCACACAAUCCCCGGUUGGGAACGUCUCAGCCAGUCCGCUGGACGAUGACAUGUUUGAGUGGCACUGCAACAUCAAACAAGAUGACAUCAUCUACCACCUCAUCCUCUUCUUCCCCCAAAACUACCCGUACAGCUCCCCGAGUGCCGAGUUUGUGCCCACGGGCUUCAACUACAGGGGCGGCGCCGUGCAGUCCGGCAAGAAGGGCACCAAAAUCUGCCUGAACAUAUUUUCAGAUUUCGCCAACGUGCACACGGAGUGGCAGGACGAGAAAGGCUUGGGCUGGUCCCCUGGCUACACCAUUCAGUCGGUUCUCAUGAAUGUCGUGUCGUUCCUGUCCGAGAUCCAAUCUUCUCCUCAGACAUCCUCUUCUGACGCCAACAAGCACAAUCUCACGCUUUCGAAAGCUUUUGUUUGCACCGACUGCGGGCAUAAAUACGAGACGCCAUUUCCUCCCCUUGACAAUGCAGACGACUCUCUUCCGGUUGAAGCUAAGGGAAAGAGAAGCAAAAACAAACCUCAAAGGGGCAAAACUGCAGUCGAGAAAGCAAAAGUCGCCAUUAAGCAAAAAAGCGGUGCCACCCCAAAGCCAAUCAUUGAUUAUAUAUCCAAACAAGAUUUCACUGUCCAGAAGCCGGCAGGCACCGAUGACUUAUUCGGGUUUGGACUGGCGGUAUCAGGAAAUAAGUGGCGACCUACUUUAACGUCCCCUUGCGAAUUCCUAACAAUGGGAUCCUUCAAUGGCAUGAACAAGUCUGUUGGCGUAGUACACAGCGUUUUGAAGGAAAAGCUUGAAAUAUUCUUGCCUCUGUUCAUUCACCCGAUUCACGGGGCGCACAUCAAAGACGAAUUCGAAAACGCCCUUAAGAAAGUUGCCAAAAUCAUGCCCAAAUACGACCCCAAAACAUCGUCCACCGAAGACCUGGUGCUGAAAACCAUCCCCAACCUCAUGAGCGCCACGGUGGUGGAGUUCUCUAAAGGGACACAGCACACGAGUGACAACAGCCUAAACGGAUAUUUCGCCCUCCACCGCCUGCUCCUGUGGGCGAUCGACACCUACCCCAACCUCCAGGCUCAGAUCGAACAGCAGGUGGGUGACUACGUGGAACACGAAAGCAACCGGAUCAAACACAAAGUACCGUAUAUCGCCGAAUGGCUGAUGCUCGUACCAGGAUCUAGAAACUACAGAUGGCGGGAUGUCGCUGAAGCUUAUCUCAGUGAAUCCUGGAAGCGGGGUCCUUUGUUCUACGUGAAAGAUGACGAAAAGUUAGGCUAUCUCGACACCCCGAAAGAUUACAGACUCCAGAAGACGUACGAACACACGGAGGUGUCAAGAAAGCAUCUCGCCUUCCAGGCAUCGUUCCUCGACAUCGCCAUGCCGGCUGGGAUGUCUCGCGAGGACGUCAUCAAACGUUACGACGACAACUUCGGAUUCCCCACCGAAGACAUGGUGGCCGAGAUGAAACGAGCCUUCGCGAGAAUCAACGACGAGAUGCACAGCUACGCGGACUGGUUUGAAAUCUUGAAGCUUCCCGCCCCGACGGAAGACGAGCUUUACAGCACGAUGAUGGAGGCAGUGCGGUACUCCAUUGUAACAGACGGCUACCACUGGACAUUCAGUCAAACGGCCGGCGGAUGGAAACCGGUGCUCAAAAAGUACGAAAAGAUGAGAGAGGAGCAUAAAAAAACAGGACGGAGUCACGCUGAAAAUGAGAAGAAGAAGGCGACGAGUCAAGCGACGGCGAAAAAACAAAGUACAGGAAGACGAGGUCGUGGGAAGACGGCUGCCGACGACGGCGGUGAUGAAGCAGAUGAGGGAACCGACACAAAUGUUACUGAUGUCAAGAAGCAACCGAAGGGAGAUAAAGCAAAGGGCCGGAAGAGGAAGGCUGAUCAAGGGCUGCAUGACGUCACCACGUCUGCUAAGAAAGGAAGAGGAACAAAGAAGAAGUAAAAUGUGCCAGAUUUUUAAAAUAUGAAUUGACCCGGUUUAAAGUAGGUUUCGUCUCAUUGUGUGCCGUUUCAUUUUGUUGUAUAGAUGGAUAAAAAGAUACACCCCAUAGUGACGUCACUAGAUACACACCGUAGUGACGUCACUAGCUACACAGUAACGAAUGGGAACAAGAGGGACCACGAAAAAAGGAAAGUUUUACAAUGUUAUGUAUAACAUCCAAUGGAAGGCUGCGGUCUAUUUUUAGAAGCUCUUCAUUUUUAAACACGAUUUCUGCGCACCUUUCUGGCAAUGUCUCUGUAACUGACUCAAACUGCGCACCUUUCUUUCAAUGUCUCUGUGGCUGACUGAAAUUGAAAGUUUUGAAAUGGAACAGCAGAUAGUCUAUCUUCGUGAGACCAACCAACCGCAGGAAGUGCACACGUCUCCAUGAAAUGGUGGGACCUACUCAAACUCUACGGGCGCGACCUUUAUUUCUCUUUUUUAUUCUACUUGAUUUUAUGUACUAUUGGGUACUAUUUUAAAAUGUAGUAGCAGUAAGAUAUUAAGAUGAUGAAUGUACGAUGGUUGUCUUAAAACGUGUUGCCUGGAAAAAGCACCGAAAUAAUGUCAACACUUAAAGACAUCACGGUUUUCAAAUAAACACUUUAAGAGUUUGUUCCGCUUGUUAAUUCCGUUUUUUUAAAAAAAAAACGAAUGAAAAUUUUUGCAUAAAAUGACAUGAACGUUAAUUGAUUUCAAGUUAUCAAUUGUUCAUAUUUAAUUUAUUAAAUUAAUUG